CUCCAGGAAACACCGUUUAAAUGAAUAGAGGGAGUGUGCAGUCUGGAUAGAACACGGCACAGGCAGAAGCAUCACUCCAGUCGGGGAAACUACAAGUCGUUUUCUCACAGAAAGGUAUCCAGCAACGAAGGCCAAGCUUGAGUCAUGUGUGGGAUCUUUGCCUAUCUGAAUUACCGAGUGCCUCGCACCAGAAAGGAGAUAUUUGAGACGCUGGUGAAGGGACUGCAGCGACUGGAGUACAGAGGGUACGAUUCAGCAGGUAUCGCUGUCGAUGGCCCUAGGAAGACGGCCACUGACAUCAACGACAACACCAUCUGCUUGAUCAAGAAGAAGGGGAAGGUCAAGGCGCUGGAUGAGGAGCUUUACAAGAAAGACUCACUGGACCUGGACGAGGAGCUGAGCACACACUUUGGCCUCGCUCACACUCGCUGGGCCACACACGGAGAACCCAGCGCUGUCAACAGCCACCCUCAUCGUUCUGACAAGGAUAACGAGUUUGUUGUCAUCCACAAUGGCAUCAUCACCAACUACAAAGAGCUGAAGGCAUACCUGAUCACCAAAGGAUAUGAGUUUGAGUCAGAGACGGACACAGAGGUGAUCCCGAAAUUGACCAAAUAUGUUUACGACAACCGAGAGAAUGACAUCACCUUCUCCACCCUGGUAGAGAGGGUUAUUCAGCAGCUGGAGGGGGCCUUCGCUCUGGUGUUUAAAAGUCGUCAUUACCCUGGAGAGGCUGUGUCCACCAGACCCAGGCAGAGCAGAGGUUGGAUUCAGGUUCCCCCUGCACCUCCUGGGCCUCUGGCCUCUGGGAUGCUGGCUCUAGGCCGCCGGCUUCUCUCUCGAGUCCAGGAGAAGAACAGCCAUAAUCGUCCUGACUGCACCAACAACAUUGACUCUGUGGGGGAUGGCAGGGCUGUGGAGUAUUACUUUGCCUCUGACGCCAGUGCCAUCAUUGAGCACACCAACAAGGUGUUGUACCUGGAGGAUAAUGAUAUAGCAGCGGUGACCGGCGGGAAACUCUCCAUCCACAGGAUUAACCGACAGGCUGGUGAGGAUCCAGUGAGGGCAAUCCAGACCCUGCAGAUGGAGCUGCAACAGAUCAUGAAAGGUAACUUUGAUGCCUUCAUGCAGAAGGAGAUCUUUGAGCAGCCGGAGUCAGUAGUCAACACUAUGAGAGGACGGAUUUGUUUUGAAACCAACACAGUGCUUCUCGGUGGGCUGAAGGACCACCUGAAAGAAAUCAAACGUUGCAGACGGCUGAUCGUGAUUGGCUGCGGCACCAGCUUCCACGCUGCAGUGGCUACCAGACAGAUCCUCGAGGAGCUGACGGAGUUGUCUGUCAUGGUGGAGCUGGCAAGCGACUUCCUGGACCGCAACACGCCUGUGUUUAGAGACGACGUUUGCUUCUUCAUCAGCCAGUCAGGAGAGACAGCCGACACCUUGAUGGCACUACGCUACUGCAAGAGCCAAGGUGCUCUGACAGUUGGUAUAACCAACACUGUGGGCAGCUCCAUUUGUAGAGAAACAGACUGCGGAGUCCACAUCAAUGCUGGCCCUGAGAUAGGAGUGGCUAGCACCAAGGCCUACACCAGUCAGUUUGUGGCCCUCGCCAUGUUUGGCCUGAUGAUGAGCGAGGACAGACUCUCCCUACAGCAGAGAAGACUGGAGAUAAUCAACAGCCUCAGGGAUCUACCUGAGCUGAUAAAGAAGGUUUUGGCCCAGGAUAAGAAGAUCAAGUCCAUUGCCGAGGAACUGUACCAGCAAAAGUCUCUUCUGGUGAUGGGCCGAGGUUUCCACUACGCUACCUGCCUAGAGGGGGCACUGAAAAUCAAGGAAAUCACUUACAUGCACUCCGAGGGCAUCCUGGCUGGGGAGCUGAAGCACGGUCCUCUGGCACUUAUAGACAAAGACAUGCCGGUCAUCAUGAUCAUCAUGAGAGACGCCUGCUACACCAAGUGCCAGAAUGCUCUGCAACAAGUCACGGCCAGAUCGGGUCGGCCCAUCAUCAUUUGUUGCCAGGACGACACUGACAUGUGCAAGAAUGCCUACCAGACCAUCGAGCUGCCGCAUACUGUGGACUGUCUGCAGGGCAUCCUCAGUGUCAUCCCCCUGCAGCUCAUGUCCUUCCACUUGGCUGUCCUGCGAGGAUAUGACGUUGAUUUUCCCAGAAACUUGGCCAAAUCUGUGACCGUGGAAUAAUUACAGGUCAAAAGUACAGAAAAGCAGAAAGGAGGCUUAUAGAUGUACAGUGCAAUUGAACGUUUUGUGUGUGUGUGUGUGUGUGUGUGUGUGUGUGUGUGUGUGUGUGUGUGUGUGUGUGUGUGUGUGUGUGUGUGUGUGUGUGUGUGUGUGUGUGUGUGUGUGUGUGUGUGUGUGUGUGUGUGUGUGUGUGUGUCAAAUGAAAGAGGGAGGUAUAUGGUACAAUAAAUUAAAAAAAGAGAGAGAAAUGUGAAGUCCACCAAAUAUACUGCUGAGGAAGUGCUAGUGUCAUUGAGGCCUCGCAGAACAAUCUAUGACAACAACAUUCACACAUCCAAAGCAACCAACAUGCAGUGCCUUUUUCUUAUCUCAAGAAGCCAAAUACUACAGGCUUAGCAGAAAAGCAAUGACAUGGUGUAUUGAAGUGUUUACAGUUGUGCAAUAUAUGGACCAGAUGUGCUUUAUGUAUGUACAAAAUCAUAAGUGAGGUGAUUUGUUCUCUUUCUGUUUAAUGAAUUUCUAUUGGGGGCAUCUUAACUCUCUUUGUAUAACGGGAAAUGUAGGAAUUAAACAGUUUUAUUCCAGAGAGUUCUCUGAAUUAUGAAAUUAUUAUUAUAUUUUUAUAUUUCGCUGCACAUUCAUGGCAUCACUGUGCCUGGUGGGCCACUAGCCAAUACAGUCAAUAUUUUUAGCAGAAGCUACCAGAAGGAAGUUCCUCAAUCAGACUUUCACAUUAUUACUUGAUUCUUGAUUUUAAUUUAAAAUAUAUUGUAAGUAUAUUCUGUUUAACAGGAUUGCAGUACAUGGUAGAACAUGAAACUUUCUUUAUACUUAUUAUUGUCAUAGUUUGGAGCAUUUCCAUAGACACACAUAAUAAUUAUUUAAUGAGCACUUAUGCAGCAAAAAAAACAAUGUGACUAUCGUGACUUUCACUAAUACUUUCGUUUCAUCAGCUGUUUGUAUGGGUUUAUGAUAAUCAUAAUAUUCUGUAUUUAUCUGAUUCUUAUUUUAUGGGGGCUUAAGAGAGGGUUUUGAUUUAUAUCUUUAACUGUGAUUGUAUUUUAUACUGUGUUUUAAAGACAUAAGCAGGCACUAUCAAUCAAUAAAUAGGUAAAGGAUUCUA